UUGACAGGUACAUUGCAUGGAUCUCGAUUGUUUUUAGUAUUUUUCCUUUCAUUCAUAGUUCCGUAUCAUUAGUUUGGUUUAUUUCCUAAUGCUAUGACAAUUACUGAGGCUCUAAGCCUCUAUCAACAUGGUUCUAAACGCCGCUGUGCAGAUGCUGAGGGAGGCAGAUGAAUUGAAGCAGAAGAUAUUGAAAUUCAAAAGUGGAACUUCUAUGCUGCAGGAACGAAGCCUGUGGGUCACACAACAGCAAUUACAGAAGGUUUACCAAAAAGUCCUGGUGCUAGACUUAGACUAUGCUCUGGAGAAGAAGGUGGAGCAAGACCUGUGGAAUGUGGGCUUCAAGCAACAAAUUGAGGCGCUACAAGCCAUCUCGAAGGAUAGGAAGAGCCAUCUCCGCAGCGAAGGGCAGGCGAUGCUGGCGUGGGUGCUGCAAGCCGCCGCCGGGUUCUACCUCUGCCUGCUCCAUCAGAUCUGCACCACUUUCAAACUUGACUUGCCAUUCAGACGGCGCGCGUCCCUGCUAGGCUGGGUGGAAGGCUGGGGCGCGGGCGAGGCCACCGGCGGCGCGCGUCUGCCGCCGCCUGCCGCCGCGCGGUACAUCUGCCAGCACUGCUUAGUACACCUGGGCGACUUGGCGCGCUACAGGCAGCACCUGCGAGUGGCUCAUACUUUCUACAGGUCUCGUUUUUACAUCUGCCAGCACUGCCUGGUACACCUGGGCGACUUGGCGCGGUAUAGACAGCAGCUGCGAGUGGCUCAUACUUUCUACAGGCACGCGCUGGUAGUGUCGGCGCACUCGGGGCAGCCGUACAACCAGCUGGCGCUGGUGGCGUGGCGGCGCGGGCGGCGGCUGGGCGCGCUGUACUGGCACGUGCGCUCGCUGCUCGUGCGCGCGCCCUUCCCGCCCGCGCCCGCCAACCUGGCUCGCACGCUCGCGGCCGCCGCCGGGUCAGUAGUGUCAUAGUGUCCGGCCCGCGCUGUGUCGCGCACUCGGGGCAGCCGUACAACCAGCUGGCGCUGGUGGCGUGGCGGCGCGGGCGGCGGCUGGGCGCGCUGUACUGGCACGUGCGCUCGCUGCUCGUGCGCGCGCCCUUCCCGCCCGCGCCCGCCAACCUGGCUCGCACGCUCGCGGCCGCCGCCGGGUCAGUAGUGUCAUAGUGUCCGGCCCGCGCUGUGUCGCGCACUCGGGGCAGCCGUACAACCAGCUGGCGCUGGUGGCGUGGCGGCGCGGGCGGCGGCUGGGCGCGCUGUACUGGCACGUGCGCUCGCUGCUCGUGCGCGCGCCCUUCCCGCCCGCGCCCGCCAACCUGGCUCGCACGCUCGCGGCCGCCGCCGGGUCAGUAGUGUCAUAGUGUCCGGCCCGCGCUGUGUCGCGCACUCGGGGCAGCCGUACAACCAGCUGGCGCUGGUGGCGUGGCGGCGCGGGCGGCGGCUGGGCGCGCUGUACUGGCACGUGCGCUCGCUGCUCGUGCGCGCGCCCUUCCCGCCCGCGCCCGCCAACCUGGCUCGCACGCUCGCGGCCGCCGCCGGGUCAGUAGUGUCAUAGUGUCCGGCCCGCGCUGUGUCGCGCACUCGGGGCAGCCGUACAACCAGCUGGCGCUGGUGGCGUGGCGGCGCGGGCGGCGGCUGGGCGCGCUGUACUGGCACGUGCGCUCGCUGCUCGUGCGCGCGCCCUUCCCGCCCGCGCCCGCCAACCUGGCUCGCACGCUCGCGGCCGCCGCCGGGUCAGUAGUGUCAUAGUGUCCGGCCCGCGCUGUGUCGCGCACUCGGGGCAGCCGUACAACCAGCUGGCGCUGGUGGCGUGGCGGCGCGGGCGGCGGCUGGGCGCGCUGUACUGGCACGUGCGCUCGCUGCUCGUGCGCGCGCCCUUCCCGCCCGCGCCCGCCAACCUGGCUCGCACGCUCGCGGCCGCCGCCGGGUCAGUAGUGUCAUAGUGUCCGGCCCGCGCUGUGUCGCGCACUCGGGGCAGCCGUACAACCAGCUGGCGCUGGUGGCGUGGCGGCGCGGGCGGCGGCUGGGCGCGCUGUACUGGCACGUGCGCUCGCUGCUCGUGCGCGCGCCCUUCCCGCCCGCGCCCGCCAACCUGGCUCGCACGCUCGCGGCCGCCGCCGGGUCAGUAGUGUCAUAGUGUCCGGCCCGCGCUGUGUCGCGCACUCGGGGCAGCCGUACAACCAGCUGGCGCUGGUGGCGUGGCGGCGCGGGCGGCGGCUGGGCGCGCUGUACUGGCACGUGCGCUCGCUGCUCGUGCGCGCGCCCUUCCCGCCCGCGCCCGCCAACCUGGCUCGCACGCUCGCGGCCGCCGCCGGGUCAGUAGUGUCAUAGUGUCCGGCCCGCGCUGUGUCGCGCACUCGGGGCAGCCGUACAACCAGCUGGCGCUGGUGGCGUGGCGGCGCGGGCGGCGGCUGGGCGCGCUGUACUGGCACGUGCGCUCGCUGCUCGUGCGCGCGCCCUUCCCGCCCGCGCCCGCCAACCUGGCUCGCACGCUCGCGGCCGCCGCCGGGUCAGUAGUGUCAUAGUGUCCGGCCCGCGCUGUGUCGCGCACUCGGGGCAGCCGUACAACCAGCUGGCGCUGGUGGCGUGGCGGCGCGGGCGGCGGCUGGGCGCGCUGUACUGGCACGUGCGCUCGCUGCUCGUGCGCGCGCCCUUCCCGCCCGCGCCCGCCAACCUGGCUCGCACGCUCGCGGCCGCCGCCGGGUCAGUAGUGUCAUAGUGUCCGGCCCGCGCUGUGUCGCGCACUCGGGGCAGCCGUACAACCAGCUGGCGCUGGUGGCGUGGCGGCGCGGGCGGCGGCUGGGCGCGCUGUACUGGCACGUGCGCUCGCUGCUCGUGCGCGCGCCCUUCCCGCCCGCGCCCGCCAACCUGGCUCGCACGCUCGCGGCCGCCG